CCAAUGGGAACUGCGGUUUCAGGUCGCCAUAGAGACCGAUGCUGUUAAGAGUGAGAGGGCUGGGGCUAGGUGGAGAGUGAAGAUGAAGGUGUCUCUGGCUUUGGGCCCAGGAGGGGGUGAGAGAAAGAAGUGCUCGGGGAUUCCCGGACGCUGGCUGUGAAAUUUGAGGCAACUUUUGUUUUGCUUUCCUGUCAGCCCUAGCGGUAGGGUUUAGGGCUGGCCCCUGGCUCAAGGAACAGCAUUUCCUUCGAAUUCUUCAAGGUGAGACAUUAGGAGUGGGCAUUUCAUUUUUAUCCUGCCUCUGGGAGACCUUAAGGUCCUUUGACCUUUGACAUGUGUGCAGCAUCAGCUUCUCCAGAUAAUCAGCUUUUCAUUACAAAAUAUGGAAUCAGAAGCACAAAACAUAAACCAGUAGACUAUCAGCAGUUGCGUGCAUUAAAAGAAGCAAAAUUAUCUUCUCUCUCCACUGAAUUAAAGAUAAGAAAAACAGUGCAGACAUCAAAAAUAUCUAAGGAACAAAUGUUAAUAAAACAACACAAACAAGUAUGGUGGCAGGAAUACCAAAGAUUAAAGGCAAUCAGGUGUAAACUGGAACUUGAAAUCAAAUCCUUUCUAAAUGAAGAAAAUAUUGGAAAUGAAUGUCUUUCUGAUCUUCUGAACUUCGAACAAGAGUUAUCAGAACAAUGGCACACCUAUCUUGAAAAUGUGAUAAAUCCUAUUCAGCAAUUGAGAGAAGACCUAAAAUAUAGAAAGCAUCACAUUGUAGAGGAUUCACACUCACAUAGUGAGUUUAACUCAGUGGCAAUACUGAAAGAGGUUGACUCUGUGAAGGAGCAAUUGAGAGCUGUCUUUGAAAGACUUAACUUAAAACAACAGAAAAUAGAGAAUGAUCUUUCUGACUGGUCUAUGAAAAUACUGGAUCAAUCUUCAGAAGAAAGAAACAGUCUGCUCAGUGAACUGCCCCUCGAAUUAGAAAGUUUGGAAUGCCCAUACCCUGAUCUGAAAUCUUCAAUCCUCAAUGAGUUCUGUAACUUUACAGAGAAAUACCAAAAAAGACUUCAAGAUUUUGAUCUGCAGUUAGAAGACAUAUACAGAAACUUCCAAUUAAGUGAAGAAGACCACUGGAUAUUCCAGGCUAUUUUGAAUCAAUAUACUGGGGAUCUCUGUGGCAGGAGGACCCUAUAUCUGGACAUGCUGCAAAGAUAUUUUCCUCACAAAUCCAGGCAUGAUUUGGUUGAACAUGAGAAACAUUGUGACAGAUACCGCUUUGCGAAGGAACAGCGAAGAGUCCUGAUUUUAAAUUGGAACAAGAACAGGAGAGACUUUGUCCAGAAGGCUGUGCUGACACUCGCAGAGGCGUGUGCGACCCAUGAAAUGGAGAGCACAUUAGCCAAGGACAGAAAAAGGCAACAGGAGCUCUGUGCUGAUCUGAAAGCCAAGGUUUUCCAGUGGAGAGCCCACCAGGAAGAAGCAGCAAGACUAGAAAUGGAAAUUUCUGCCAGAAGAAGAGAGAAAGAAGAAGAAAAAGAGAAAAUGUGGAAAAAGAAGGAAUUGUUACAAAGAGAAGAGAAGAAAGAAAAGAUAAGAAAAUACUGGGCCAAAAAAGAACAGAAGUGGCAAGAAAUAGAAAUGAGAGAUCUUCGGCGUCUAGAAGAACUGAAGAAAUUAAUGGCUGAGCAGUCUAUAAAAGAUAGAGAACGGGUUAAGUAUAGACAAGAGCUGUUGGAAAAACGUUUGAUGGAGAAAAAAGAAGUGGCUCUUCAAGAAGUACAUGAAGAAGAGGAGAGAGAGAGGCGGUUAGAAGCUCUAAGAAAACAGGUGUCUAUUGUUGCUCAAUUUGAUCCUAUUAGAAUGAUGUCAGAUACAAUGGCAUCAAAAGCAAGGAUGGGUAUUGGAACUGAGGAAGAAUUUAUUCUUCAAAAGCCACUCUUCUCACUGAAUACGUACAAUGAACAGCAGAUAAUUUCUGACCCUAGACUUCGUUUUGAGUUGGCACUUAGAGAAGCUGGACUUCACAAAACAUCAUAUGCCAAAGAGACACUACCAAAAAUCAGUCCUCAAAAACCUCCAAGAAAGGAUAUGGAAUCUACUGUAUUUAAAAUCUAGAGCUCAUCCUAAAAUUCUAGUGUACAUUAAUAAAGUUUUUUAAUGUAAUAUAUCUAUAUAGAUAAUAACAAUUACUACUUUCUAAAUGAGUUUAAAAUCUCAGCUAGGGAAAUCAUAGUAAGUAUUAAAACAACUUUGCCUCAUUUAUGAUUCCUAUGUCUAAUGUUCAAGUUACUAAAUUAAGCAAGACUAUGGAAAUUAAUUGACAGAUAUAGUACAUUUAAGAAGUUAUAUUUUGGAGGUUGUGUUAUUUCAUGAAAAGAACAGAAAGAUAACCAGUUGUGUGAAUUAUAAUUUAUAUUGCUGUUACCUGCUAAUGUUAAUUUCUGCUUAUUAUUUCAGAAUUUGACUUUUUAAUUAUGGAAGUUUCAUUAUCAUUAAUACUUCUAUUAUUUCCUGAUUACUAUAAGAAGAGACCCAACCUUUUCCUAAAUUUAGAAACCAAUUUGAUACACCAUGUUUACUGCAAACCAAUCAUCCAAACAAUUUCAUUUUGCAAAUUAGCUUGUAAAGAAUAAAUUAGAAAUAGAGUUUCAAGCAUGAGACUAUAUGUUUUGGUGAGGAAAAAAUAUUUCUAUGUGCUUUAGAAAAAAUAAAAUUUUAUUUAUGAUAUUUAAAAUCCUUUCCUGUGCCCCACUGUACUUCCGGAAGCCCUAGCAGCUACAUCCACUUCCCAGGGGCCACCAUGGUGACUCAGUCAUGGGCCCUCCUGUACUAAAUCUCUAAAAUGAUGCAAGCCAUGGAUACACUGGUCCCCAUAGCUGAAGACACUGGGGCACCCUUGUGAGGCAGGUAGACCAGGAACCUGCCCUGCCAAUGCCCUGGCACCACUACACUAAAAUUCUCUGCAGUGAUGCUAAAUUACACAUAAUUUCAGGUACCCGGGUUCCCAGGCUGAGAAUGCUGUUGUCUUCUUAUAAUUGGGGUGGACAGCCUCGCCACCGCCACUACUUCCUGAAGCCCCAGCAAACAUGCCCACCUUCCAUACCUGCAACCAUAUCAACUCAUUGGCCCAGACCAUAGACCCUGAGGUCUCUAGACAAUGCAAUACCUCCUAAUUCCUCUUUGUUAUCUAAUCAAUUUCAACUUUAGAAUUGUAUCAACAGUUGUGGUUUAUUUGUCUACAUUAAAAUGAAUUUUUAAAAAAAUUCUAUUACAAUUUCCAAAUUAUUAAAUAGCUAGAAAUUUAUAGGAAACAAAU